UGCACAGCCAUCUUUGUAGACAACAAAAAUUUAACCGUUGCUACAUCUCAGCCCGUUGUCUACUGUUGUUUUGUUCUUCUCAAGUUCAUUAUUGGGAAUGUUUUAAUCAAAAUGUCCAUUUAAAUGAAGUUUUUUUAAAGGGCUGGGAGUUUUCCGUGGCAAGACGUGUUGUUUUAUCAUCCUCUACAAUCUAAAUUAGCAACCUAGUGCAAAUCACGAGUUACUUUAUCUUGCUGCAGCACCACUCAGCAGUUGGAGCCGAUUAUUGGACUACUUUUUUCUCUGGGCUGCUGAUUAAUAUUAGCCUAAAACCUCAAAGUAUCUCAGGAUUCUGUUUUGGCCUUACCAUCUUCACGCACCAGAACAACAUGUUGGAUUCCAGUUAUGAUCGUCGCCUCAGGCGAACGAUGGAGCUAACGGCAGGACCUUCAACCGCGACGACGACGACCUCUGCGCUUAUCUCACCCACCAAAAACCGACCAAAUUCUACUCGCAAUAUCGGUGAUCGACUUGUCCCAACUCGAGCCGGAAACAACUGGCAAGUCGCCUUCCACAUGAAAGAAGAAUUAAGCCCAACGUCAUCUAGUAUGAGGAAUCGAGAAGGUCCUCCUGUUGCGAGUGACGCUGCUGGUCGCGAUCGGAGCUUAUUUCGUUCCAUUCUAGAGAAUGAAGUUCUCAACAGUGGUAUCGAGGAUCCUCGGGAACUACAAAACAAGAAACGCCGAGUGUUUCACUAUGAUAGUCCAUUAAAACCAGAAAAUCGAGUAAGUCAGCCAUAUUCGCUAUCACCACUGAGUCCCGCAAGCCAAAAGCUGCUGCAAUCUCCACGUAAAGCAGCAAGAAAAAUUGCCAAAGUGCCUUUUAAAGUUCUUGAUGCUCCUGAACUACAGGAUGAUUUCUACUUAAAUCUAGUAGAUUGGUCUUCCCAAAAUGUGCUAAGUGUCGGACUAGGGGCGUGUGUAUAUCUGUGGGCAGCUGCAACUAGCCAAGUGACGCGAUUGUGCGAUUUAGCACCGGAAGGUGAUAGCGUUACCUCGGUGGCUUGGGCGGAACGAGGUCACUUAGUUUCGGUGGGCACACAUCGCGGAACAGUUCAAGUUUGGGACGUAACUGCUGGUAAGCGGAUUCACACGCUGGAAGGACAUACAGCGCGUGUGGGUGCUUUAGCGUGGAACGGAGACCUCCUUGCCUCCGGAAGCCGAGAUCGCCUUAUCUUGCAGAGGGAUAUUCGCACUCCUCCCUCGAUCGCGCAAAGGCGACUUUCUGGACAUCGACAAGAGGUGUGUGGCCUGAAAUGGUCACCUGAUAAUCAACUCCUAGCUUCUGGUGGUAAUGACAAUAAGUUAUUUGUCUGGGGACUCCAUUCUGUUGCGCCAUUGCAGACGUUUACCGAACAUUUGGCAGCUGUCAAAGCGAUUGCUUGGUCGCCACAUCAUCACGGAGUUUUAGCUAGUGGUGGAGGUACCGCAGAUCGAUGCAUCCGUUUCUGGAACACGCUCACCGGGCAACCCAUGCAAUAUGUCGAUACGGGAUCACAAGUGUGCAAUUUGGCUUGGUCCAAGCAUUCGUCGGAGUUGGUGAGUACCCAUGGAUACUCGCAAAAUCAAAUUCUUAUCUGGAAAUACCCGAGCCUAGCUCAGGUUGCACAACUGACAGGCCAUUCCUAUCGUGUUCUUUAUCUGGCGAUGUCGCCCGAUGGUGAGUCCAUAGUAACAGGAGCGGGCGACGAGACAUUAAGGUUCUGGAGCGUAUUUAACAAGACCCGAUCGCAAAAGGAAACACGAUCGGUGUUGAAUCUGUUCACUAGUCUGAGGUAGAUUCGGUCUCAUGUGCUAAAGUUAGACAUUGGACCGAAUGAAGUACACACCGCUAUUCCCGAUGCUUUAAUCCGCAACUGUUGUAAAUUCUCCGAGAAUCUCUGGGAUUUUUCCUGGUCUGUAGUAAAGACAGCUCUUCGUUGUUUUUUUGUUUUUUUUCAUUUCUCCUAUUUUUUUUUUUUUUAUUAUUAUUUUCCCCGAUCAUAAAUUAUUGUUCCGUGCGUGUGUUGUCCUUGUGAAACCAAAACUUUCCAGAGAAGAGGAAAAUUAAUGAAGACAUUUUAUGUUUAUUUCUAGUAGGGCCCUUAACCUCUACACUCCCAUACACCCCACAUCUCCCCUCCCCCCCAGUGUUUUCCUUGAAUUUGAUUUUUUUUACCCAAUUAUUUUGUUCUUGAUUGGUUCGGUUUCAACCGCUCCCCUUUCCUCAUUUCCACUAAAGCUUCUUGAUUCUUUUGUUCAAAAUUCCUUUUUUCCUAGACAUUUAUAUGCAAAAUUUAUUCAAUAGCUAACAAAAUAGCCGGGGCUUGUCAGGUGUCGCUCUGUGCUGUUUUGCCGGUUUUUCUGGCUUUUGGGUCAAAAUUAAGGAAAUAACAGAAAAUAUAUAUGGAAAUUCUUUA